UCGUGUGCAGUUCUUCCACAUUGCAUGCGUUGUUGAAAUAAAAACUGAAGUAACGAAAGCCUAUUCACUUUGAGUGUCAGCGGAUUUUAACAAAUCACAUAAACUCUGGCAUAGACACUGGAACCAGCUAAAGACCUGAAUUAAUUUAUCACACUCCCUAAAGGUGAACAUGAAAACCCUUGUUCGUGGCCAAUUGUUGGAUUGUCCAUGUCCUCCCAUACAGCCGCUGUAGGAUUAUGCCACAGUUGCAUGAAGCAUGAUAUGCAUCUUCAGUGGUUAAUGCCAGUAAACCAGUGUACUGUCCCAGUGGUGUGGAAUGGGAGCAGCAGGCACUGGUGAGCUAGGAUAGGCUGGGAGUCUGGUUGCAGCAGAAUACGGGACGAGGCUCCUUGGCUCAUAUACUUAUAGUCCGCCUCUUCGCUGGGCAGGAAAUCUGACGUCGAUCGCUUACAAAGGAAAAUCCACAGUGGUUGCAGAAGUCUCGAAGUCAACCUGACCAGCAGCGGGGAGAAAAAAAAACAUAAUUCCAGUUUCUUUAUAGUAUUGGAUCUAUUUGUUCAACCUCCCAGGACUUGUAUUUGAGGAGAAGGGCAGCAGAAGAGGGACACCAUGCCACGGCGGACCGUGCAAGAAGUCACCGUGCAGGACGUCCAGAAGCGGAGGAACCCCAACAAACACUAUGUUUACAUCAUCAAAGUGUUGUGGAGCGAUGGGAGCACAGAGACCAUCUACCGGCGAUACAGCAAGUUCUUUGAUCUACAGAUGGAGUUGUUGGAUAAAUUCCCGGUGGAAGGGGGCCAGAAAGACCCCAAGCGGAGAAUCAUUCCUUUCCUUCCAGGAAAGAUUCUGUUUCGGAGGAGCCAUAUCAGAGAUGUCGCCAUGAAGCGUCUGCGGCCCAUCAACGAGUACUGCAUGGCCCUCACCCAGCUGCCCGUGUACAUCUCGCAGUGUGAGGAGGUCAGGGUGUUCUUCGAGACCAGACCUGAAGACCUCAACCCACCCAAGGAGGAACCCAUUGGAAAGAAGAAAUCAGGGCUUGUGGCGAGAGCGUCUUCUUUCCUAAAGCGAGGGGACACAAGCUCCACAGACCUGCUGCUCCUGGACCAGUACGUGGCUGUCACGGACUACGAGAAGCAGGAGAGCUCGGAGAUCGGCCUGCACGUGGGCCAGGUGGUGGAGGUCAUCGAGAAGAACGAGUCCGGCUGGUGGUUCGUGAGCACCGACGACGCCCAGGGCUGGGUCCCCGCCACCUGCCUGGAGGCCCAGGACGACCCCGACGACUUCUCCCUGCCGGGGGACGAAGUGCCUCGGAGGUUCUGGUCUUUGCCCCGGACCCUGCGCCGCAGAACCCUCGGGGAUCUGUCCAGCGCAGGCUGCGGGCCAGAGGAGAAGUACUCUGUGGUGUACCCCUACGCGGCCCGGGACCAGGAUGAGAUAGACCUGGAGAAGGGCAUGGUGGUGGAGGUGAUCCAGAGGAACCUGGAGGGCUGGUGGAAGAUCAGGUAUCAGGGCCGCGAGGGCUGGGCCCCGGCCUCCUACCUGACCAAGGUGGACAUGCAGGCCCAGAAGCAGUCAGCAGGGGGCGCUGCCAAUGCCAGCACCAGCGACCUGGAGGGAGCGUCUAGACAGAACCAGCUGAACAACGGGGCUAAAGACCCCCAGAAGGAGCCCAAGCUGUCCCCCUUCUCCGAGGGCAGCAAGCUGAAAAUGGGUUUGCGACAGAGACCUCCGCCACGCAGAGACCUCACCAUCCCGCGUGGGGCCAACCUGCCCAAGCCCCCCGUCCCGCCCCAGGUGGAAGAGGAGUUCUACACCAUCGCCGACUUCCAGACCACCAUCCCCGACGGCAUCAGCUUCCAGGCCGGCCUCAAAGUGGAGGUCAUCGAGAAGAACUCCAGCGGCUGGUGGUACAUCCAGAUCGAGGACAAGGAGGGCUGGGCCCCCAUCACCUUCAUCGACAAGUACAAGAAGACCAGCAGCGCCCUGCGGCCCAACUUCCUGGCGCCGCUCCCCAACGAGAUGGAGAAGCUGAGGCUGGAGGACGGGAACGCCGCCGCCGCCGCCGCCGCCGCCUCGGCCGCCUCGGCCCCGGAGGACAGCUGGUCCAAGCCUCUCCCGGACGAGCCCGGCGCCGCCACCGCUGAGGCCUUCGCCAGGCCCAAGCUGAGGGAUUGGAAGUCCGGCGGCAGCAAGGGCUCCUCGGCGCUCUUCUCGGAGCCCCUCCCCCCGGCGCCCUCCGCCCCCCCGCUGGAGGAGAAGCCGGCGCUGCCCCCCCGCCGGGAGUCCAUCAACAAGGGCUUGGAGGCGGAGCCGCCCGAGAGGCCCAAGGCCGAGCUCUGUAAGCCCCUCCCGCCCAAGCCCCCGGCCCCCGGUGCCCUGGGGGGCCCCAAGCCCCCUGCCCCGCCGGCCCUGCUGGCCCUGGGGGGCCCCAAGGUGCCCCCCCCCUUCCGGCAGGAGAGACCCGCGGAGCCCAAGAAGGAGGACAAGAACAAGGCCCUGCACCUGAAGAACGAGAUGGGGCUGGAGUGCGGCCACAAGAUCUCCGCCAAGGAGGUGAAGAAGUUCAACCUGAAGCCCGUCCCCAAGCAGCCCCCCAAGCCGCGGGCCGAGCCCCCCGAGGAGAACCCCGAACCCGCCGGACCCGCGCUCUUCAUGAAGCCCAAGCCCGGGGUCCGGCCCAAACCGGUCCCGUCCGCCAAGCCCGAGGCCCCGGCGGAGAACCGGCUGGACAUCACCAACCUGCGGAGCAAGCUGAGGCCCGCAAAGCCCGCGGAGCCCGGGGCCCCCGAGGCCGGAAGCCACCCGGCCCCCGGCCCCCCGCCGCCCAGCAGCUCCCACCCGAGCCCCCCUCUGGGCCCCGCCCCCAAGCACUUCCCCAGCCCCGCCCUCCUGAACAACGGCAAACACGCCGACGAGCCCCGGCUGCCGCCCAAGCAGCUCAACGGCCACGCCCACGAGAGCUCCCCCCCGCCCGCCAAGCCGGGCCCGCCUCCCCACAAGGAGCAGCCCCAGAGGCCUCCCGCCCUGGCCCCCCGGAGGCCGCCGCCCCCCAAGAAGACGGACCCGUCCAGCCCGACCGAGACCCCCAGGACCCCCCCGCACUUCCCCAAGGAGGCCCCGGAGGCCCCCAAGCCCGAGCUGCCUCCGCAAAGCAGACCCCCGCCUCCAAAGCCAAAGGCCUUCGUGCUCCCGCCUCCGCCCAGGGAGAGGGAGGAGCCUAAGGCCUUCGUGCUCCCGCCCCCGCCCAGGGAGAGGGAGGAGCCUAAGGCCUUUAUGCUCCCGCCUCCACCCAGGGAGAGGGAGGAGCCUAAGGCGAACAAGAUGCCCAUCCCCCCCAAGCCUCAGCUGAAGACCAAGAAGCCGGCGCCGCCCAGAGACAAGCUGCCGCCCCUGGUCAGGGAGGCGGGCCGCGACCAGCUGUACCUGGCCGUGGCCGACUUCGAGGGCGACGAGCAGACGGCCGGCUUCAAGGUGGGCACCGUGUUCGAGGUGAUGGAGAAGAACGGCAGCGGAUGGUGGUUCUGUAAAAACGCCGGCGAGGAACACGAGGGCUGGAUCCCUUCAAACUACCUGAGCAAGAAGCCCUAGGUACUAAGCGACGGCACCACCCUCCUGCCUUAUCUUUUGUUAUACGUUUAAAACAAAAAAAAAAUCACUACUUUGUAUUUAAUUUGAUUUUUCAUUUUAUUUAUAUGUAUCCUUUUUUUUUAUUUGUUAUUGUUACAUUCCUUUUUUAUACACAGUACGUGCUUUUAGUGAGCGUCAACCAGCAAUGAGCCCUUGUUACGCGGGGUUCUUAGACGUUUUUUUUAUCAAAUAAGCCUGUUUGUUUGCUUUACUUUUGGGUGCCAUAUAUAGAGCUGAAGGGAGCCUCCGAUUUGCAGUCGUUUAUGUCGGGGUUGUUGAAAUGUUGUGUGCCAUCGCCUUCGAUGUUACUGUGCCUCAGUAUGAUACGCAAAAUGCUUGAUGUGUUUUAGAUAUAUGCAAUUCAAAUGAUCAUUGUUUGUUAUGGAUAGCUUUAAAAAAAGAGAAUAGGAACAGAUGCUGCCGCAUUAAAUACUGGCUUAUGUUUGCUUUCCACAAACACAAAAAAUUCAAUCAAUCGGUAAAAAAAACAUUUUGGGCACAAGUGGUAAAAUAAUGUAUAAUUCUGGGGCAUUACUUUGCCCGUUUGGACAGGAGACAGAAGAUGGACAGGAAAGUAGGUUGAGGGAUUGUAGUAAAUAAUCACAGGCUGGGACCAAACCAGGGUGGCCACGAGGUCUUACGUCUGCGUGGGGGGCUGGCUCACUGAGGGUUCGCCACCCCCUGAAUCCAAUUAUCUUUUGGUCAAGAAAAAGUAUUCCUGCCAACAAAAUGUUUCUCUUUUAUAUAUACAUAAUUUUUUUUUUUACAUGUUUUUCUUCGACUGCAUAAUCAAUUCAGCAGUAAUUCUGUUAAAAAUAUGUGCACUUUUAAUCCUUUGUUCAAGUGAGUUUGCACAUGCUACAGAAAGUGGGAUAUACCAAGUGGGUUUUUUCUUUACGUUCUUGUUUACACUCAAAACGGAUAAAUCCAAAAAGGUUUUCUGUAAAUACAGAACACAUCCAAAUCGUCUCCUCUAGAUCGUCCGUCUGGUUUACAAAAGGAAGGAUUGGAUGCCAAUGAGGUCUUGUAAAAACAAUUCAGUAUUUUUCAGUCUAUUCUCGUUUGCGAGCCAAACCUUGUUCAGAUGAAACCAUCAAAUAAUAUUUUACAUGAACGCUUGACUGGUCUCAAGUGUUGUAGGUAAACUAAAAAUAGUUUUUAAUGUACAGAAAUAAAGUCUUUAACUUCUUACUUUUCAUCGACGGGGUGUUAUCUUAAAUAAACAAUUUUAGAAACACAAAGGGUCAAAAAAAGAGCAGUUGGCUUUUCAAGAAAAGAAUGGAACGUUCCAGAGAAGCCUGACAAUAUCAAUAAAAUAAAUUAAUAACAAUUGUUGGUGACAGUCACUAAAGCACUUAUAUCGUCUUCAUGGUAGAUAAUUCAAAAUAUUUUGCUGUUUAUUGCUAAAGAUUGCUACAACACAUUAGCUUAAUAGCAUUGAAGCGCCUUUGACAAAACUAGACAAUAUAGUUUGGACUAAUGAUGUUCUGCCUCUAGUUGCUUUGUGUUGAAACACACUAUAAGUUUGUUUUCAGAGUGCUAUUGUGUCUAUCCCAAUGCCCGUUUGUGAGCCUUCCACAAGGUACAGCUACUGGUUAGUCAGUGUUAAGCUUCGUAUUUCAAAAGGUUCAAAGGGAGGAAAGCAUUCAUUUCAAAUCUACAAUGAUAAAAAGUUUGGAACGGUUGAACGAUUCCUUCAGUACUGUAUUCGGCCCCUUUGUUUGCCUAUGUCCUGUAUUUCUCAGACUUAUCUUACUGUCAUGAAGCCAAUAAACAUUUCCAACCUUA